GAAUUUGGAAGAUGGGGACUAAAUUUGUAAAUUUAAGAAAAGAGAGGACUAUAUUGAAACGAUACUUAAAUACGAGGGACUGGUAAAGGAUUUGGGCUAUAUAAAUUUUCAAUUUCUCAUUGCAUUCAAAAAGUGCGGGUAGAUCCUUCCCAAAUCACUAAACCCUCGUCACCUCAUAGCGCUCACUUGCACCGACGAAGGAUUGCACCGGCGAAGGAUGGCGGAGGCGGAGAAGGAAGAUACUCUCAUGACGGAGGCGGAGAAGGAAGAUACUCUCAUGGAGGCGGCGGAGAAGGAAGAUACUCUCAUGACGGAGAACAUGUGUGCUACUGCUAACUAUGGGCAAGGCUCGAGUGGUAGCUCUGUGCCUCUCAAAGAAAAAGCAGCUGUGUUUGGUGAAGUGGUACCUGAAAGUCAAACUGUGAUAGGAUACAAGGCAAUGAUACUUGAAGCACUUUCAUACUUGGAUAAGCACAAUGGCGCUGAUUUUGAUACACUUGUCGAUUAUGUUGAGACCAAGUAUGGCACCCUGGAAAACCUCCGAGAGCUGUUGAGCUCAGAGCUGAAUGAACUCAUUUUGCAAAGCAAAAUUGAGCAGGUUGCACACGUGUACCGGAUUAAAGUCAAUGUUGGCACACAAACUCCUGUCACUAAAAGGAAGGAUGUUAUGCAGCGUAAAUUGCAGGAUGCGGCUGAAGAAGCUGCCCGGCUAAUAGCCGAGGCAGAAACCAAAGAGAAGGAGGCAGAAAACGCAGUUAGAUACGCAGAAAUGCUCUCACAAGUGGCUGAUGAUGCAAGUGUAACUGUCAGAGUUUUCGAAGAGCUUCUUGCAGAAUAUCCUCAAGAUGACUAAAUCGGCAUGCAGAUGUUCGGUAUAUGGUAGAGUUGUUAAUAUUCUUCGAUAUAAUAGAGUUGAUCAUUUCAUGGUACAAAUCCAGCUACUAUUUCUUCAAGUUUCAUAUCUUUUUUUCCGUGCGUGGCGGCACCUACUCAUAUUAUUAGUGUUUUCAUUUGCUUAACACUUAGUUAACCAAAGUAAGCAGGUUCUAAUAGCUUUACUUGCUUACGGGCAAUAUUGACUUUUCUUCGAUACGUUCAAAGAUAAAAUGUACGUGGCACCAUCUCAUAUUAUCAGUUUUCUCGUUUGUUUAACACGUUGUUCACCAAAGUAAGCAGGUUCGAAUAGCUUUACUUGCUUACUGGCAGUAUUUGACUUUUCUUCGAGAUGUUCAAAGAUUAAAUUUACGUCA